AUGUCAUUAGAAAAGAAGAUCAAAAAGAUCUUUCAAGCACCAAGAAAAGGUUUAGUAUCACAAUAUGCAUCUGAAAGAAAAGAUUCCAUCAAACAAGUCAUUGCAGCAAUGACUGUUGGUAAAGAUGUUUCAGCAUUAUUUCCAGAUGUUUUAAAAAACAUUGCAACUCAUGAUUUAAAACAAAAAAAAUUAGUUUAUUUAUAUUUAAUGAAUUAUGCUAAAACAAAUCCAGAAUUAUGUAUAUUAGCUGUUAACACAUUUGUCCAAGAUACCGAGGAUCCAAAUCCUUUGGUUAGAGCAUUAGCUAUAAGAACAAUGGGAUGUAUUAGAGUUGAUAAGAUUGUUGAUUAUAUGGAAAUUCCAUUAAAUAGAACUUUACAAGAUGAAAAUCCUUAUGUUCGUAAAACUGCAGCAAUUUGUGUUGCAAAAUUAUUUGAUUUAAAUAAAGAAAUUUGUAUUGAAAAUGGAUUUUUAGAUAAAUUGAAAAAAUUAGUUGAAGAUUCAAAUCCAAUGGUUGUGGCAAAUUCAAUUAGUGCAUUAGCAGAAAUUCAUGAAUCUGAACCUGAUUUACAAGUGUUGAAAAUUACUAAAGAAGUUUUAAAAAGAUUUUUAAUGGCAUUAAAUGAAUGUACAGAAUGGGGGAGAAUUACUAUAUUAACUGCAUUAAGUGAUUAUGAAACUGAAGAUGGUAAUGAAUCAAGUCAUAUAAUUGAAAGAGUUAUCCCACAAUUACAACAUUCAAAUCCAUCAGUUGUAUUAUCUGCAGUUAAAGUUAUUAUAGUAAAUGUUGAAAAAAUUAAAUCUGUUAAUUUGGAAGAAUAUGAAACAAUAUUGAAAAAAUUAUCAUCACCAUUAGUUUCAUUAGUUUCAACACCACCAGAAGUUCAAUUUGUUACAUUAAGAAAUAUUAGAAUUAUAAUUGAAAAAUAUCCAAAUAUUUUAACAAAUUAUUUUAAAGUUUUCUUUGUUAGAUAUAAUGAUCCAUUAUAUUUAAAAUUAGAAAAAAUUGAAAUUAUUGUAAGAUUAGCAAAUGAAACAAAUGGAGGAUUAAUAUUAAAUGAAUUAAAAGAAUAUGGUUAUGAAUUUGAUGUUGAAUUUGUUAAAAGAGCAGUUAGAGCAAUUGGACAAAUUGGUAUUAAAAUUUCCAAAUUUGGUACAAAAUCAAGUGAAAUUUUAAUUGGAUUAAUUAAUGAACGUGAAUUAUAUGAUACAGUUACUAUAACAUUAAGAGAUAUAUUAAGAGCAUAUCCAAAACAACAAUCAUCAAUAAUUAUUCCAACACUGGUGCAAAUUCAAGAUCAAUUAAUUGAUUCUGAAGCAAUUGCAGCAUAUAUUUGGAUUUUAGGGGAAUUUGAAAAUGUUUUAAAUUAUGAAAUUAAAUUAACUGAAUAUGUUGAAAAUUUUUUAGAAUUAGAUUCACAAAUUCAAUCAUCAUUAAUUUAUUCAUUAGUUAAAUUAAAUGUCAAGACUGGAGAAUUAAAAUCAUUAUUAGCACAAAUUUUUAAUAAAGUUGAUUUAAUUGAAAAUAUUGAAAUUAGAGAUCAAAUUUAUUUAUAUUGGAGAAUUUUAUCAUUAAAUGAUUCCCAAGAGUUGAAAAAAUUAAUUUUAUUAAAAUUAGACAAGAUUGAUAAUACAAUACCAAAAUUUCAACCAGAAUUAUUAGAAUUUUUAUUAAAAGAAAUUUCAUCAUUAAAUUCAGUUUUCUUUACCACAGGUGUAUCAAAGACUAAAAAGACAACACAAAUUAAAAAAAUUAAAGAUAUUCAAUUAAAUUUACAAAAUGAAGAAAAUUUAUUAAAUUUUGAUGAUGAUGAAGGUAUUUCAACUCCAUCAGAAGAUCAAAUUGAUGGAAAUGGAGGAUCAAUUAAUAUAUUGGAUGAAUUAAAUGAUUUAUUUAGUUCUUCAAGUAUCCAACCUCAACAACAACAACAGACACAACAAAAUAAUAGUGUAUCAAAAGAUUUAUUAGAUUUAUUUUAA